AUGUGGAAAAUCUCGGACAUCUUUUCCCGGCGCCAGGUUCAGUGGCAGAAGAUUGCGAGCGAUAAGCGCGAGGCUAAUAUGAUGAAAAUUCGGCCGGAAUGGCUUCUAGAGCCUCAAGUGCUGGAAGAUGGAAGAUCUCGUCGCAGCAUCGUUGGCGAUUACAUGGAGGGUUUGCUAGACACCAAAUCUCGAUACGUCACUGACAUGGAUGUUCCUGAGCUUGUAGCCAGGAUGGAAAGCGGAGCCCUCUCGGCGGUUGAAGUGGUCACGGCGUUUUGCAAGAGGGCUGCCUAUGCUCAUCAAUUAUGCAAUAUUCUGCUCGAAAUUAGAUUUGAUGAGGCCAUUGAGCGAGCUCGGGAGCUCGACGACUACUUCAAAGAACAUAAAAGGCUUGUUGGCCCCCUGCAUGGCAUCCCUCUCACUUUGAAGGACCAAUUUCACAUCAAAGGUCUCGACACUUCAAUGGGCUUCAUUGGAUGGAUCGGUACUUUUGAAGGAAAAAUGGGUCCGUGGAAGAGCAGAAACGCUGAGAGUGAAUUGGUCCGAGAAUUCCACAUCCUCGGGGCAGUUCCUAUUGGAAAGACCACGCUCAUGCAGAGUCUUUGGGCGCCUGAAACAAAUAACAACAUACUCGGAUAUGCCUUCAACCCCUGCAACCAAAACCUCUCAACAGGUGGCUCAUCUGGAGGUGAGGGCGCCAUGCAAGCAUUGAGGGGAAGCGCAUUUGGAAUUGGGACUGACAUUGGUGGCUCCGUGUCAAUGCCGGCUUCAUUUCAGGGCGUCUUUAGUGUAAAGCCGUCGGCAGGCCGUAUAUCCUUCAAGAAUGCAGCAAAUACGGGUAAAGGACAAGAUAUCAUGCCGACUGUUGUUGGCAUUAUGGGUCGUUCGGUAGAUUCGCUCAGGUUGAUACUGCAAUCCCUUCUUCUUCUGGAGCCAUGGCUCCAUGACCCCUACACCCUUCCAAUCCCUUGGCGACCUGAGAAAGAGUAUAAUGCGCCAGAUGAACAGCAGUAUAAGCCAGCCUUCGGGUUCUUAGCCAAUGACGGUGUGCUCACCCCCCAUCCACCCAUUUCACGUGCUAUGGAGAUGGUGAAGGAGGCUCUGCAACAUAGAGGACACCAGUUGAUUGACUGGGAUUGGCCUUAUAGCAGGGAAACCCUCGAUAUCCAUUGUUCAAUAGCCCGAGGAGAUGGCUGUCAUGAUGUUUAUGAUGCUAUCCACCUCUCGGGUGAGCCCUUUGUUCCUGAAAUCACAAAUCUAUUUCCCAACGGCAAACCGAAAGCCCCGAUACCUCUUCUUGAAUACGAACAGGUAGUGAGGCAUAUGAAAGACUAUCGAGAACGAUACCUGGACUAUUGGGAGUCAAGUGCGGAAAGAACUGGCGACCGUCCCAUUGAAGCUCUUCUGUCCCCCGUGACGCCGUAUGCAGGUGUUCUGCCCGGGAAAUUCUAUCCCUCAACAUACACCAGCUCUGUCAAUGUACUGGAUUACACAUCAGUUGUCAUCCCAGUAACGCUGGCGGACAAGGAAUUAGACAUUGUUAGCUUGAAUUUUAGCGCCCUGAACGAAGAGGACAGAAUGAACAUGAAUUAUUAUGAUCCAGAGAAGUACCAUGGUGCCCCUGCAGCUGUACAGCUAAUAGGGCGCAGACUGGACGAGGAAAGGUUGCUGUCGUUGGCUCAGCUUGUGGUCGAGGCGUUGAACGAUUACAGAUCAGAAAAUGGCGAGAAAAGAUGA